AUGUUGAGAUUAUUAUUAACCCAAUACAUUCAUCUGUUCAUCCAUCAACAUCCUAAUAACAAUGUCUACUUCUCAGAAUCCGCCCUCCCAAUCGGUCCGCUAUCUCCCUACAAACGAGGCGUACGACCGAUGGGCGGCAGUCUACGACACAGAUGGCAAUUUCUUACAAGCGCUAGAUACUACUGAGCUCAAGACGUUGUUUCCGAAGUUCCUCCUUUCAAUCACAUCUCCCAAACCAUGGCGCGUCGUCGACCUUGGAUGUGGGACGGGUCGAAACACUUCUUUGCUUCUCAGAGUCUCCGAUGUUGCGGAGGUAAUCGCGUUAGACUCCAGCAAGGGGAUGCUUGAGGUAGCCAGAUCACGACUCCAGAAGUCGAACGAUGCUACUACCGGUAUAGACCUAGCACGGACGCCUCCAAAGUUGCAUCUCGAAGUCUUCGAUAUGCUAGCUUCUCCGUCUUCACCAGCCCUUGCCCAACUAGUAGACGGAGUAAUAUCUACCCUGGUCGUUGAGCACGUACCCCUAUCAAUAUUCUUCUCUCACAUCUCGCAGAUGUUGAGGCCAGGCGGUGUUCUCCUCCUGACUAACAUGCACGAUCAAAUGGGCGCGAUUAGCCAGGCUGGGUUCGUGGACGUUAGUACGGGGGAGAAGAUACGGCCGACAAGCUACGUGCAUACUGUAGCAGACGUUAUUGCCGAGGCAGACAAAUAUGGGUUUGAUAUCGAAGAAACUGGGGAACAAGAAAAAGAGGGUAUUAGGGAGAGAGCGGUAGAAAGCGAUAUGGUUGAUAUAUUGGGACCAAGGAGUAAAAAAUGGGUCGGCGUAAUGUGCUGGUUCGGAGGCUUAUUUAGGAAAAGGAGAGGUCAGAAUACCUGAUAGCAGUAUAACUAAGUCACCGAGUAUAGAAGCAUUUAAGAGAAAUAUGAUGUUCUGAUAGAACGCACCGAGGUAUGACCUUGGCAUUGUUUGGCUGAUAUGAUAUGGCAUAGCAAAAUGUUAACAUGUGGUAGGUCAAGUAGAAUCCAGCUAAGGAAUUAUAAUCAAGUCGAAUAAUACCUUGGUAAAAAUGCUUCAAAGUAUUUAUGACCAACAGGAU